AUUGCCACUCAACCUGUUCAGAUCUGCGAUGGAACUUCAUGAUCUUCUGGCACGAUGUUUGGUGAUGAUCAUUGCAGUGGUACAGAUUGCUAGGAUCAGCUCAUGUCUCGGUACUGAAGUAUUAAAUGAAGUCCAUGCACCUUAUCUUGAUAAAUAUGUUGCAAAAUCCUACUUUAGCAAACAUGACAAUUUGGUUGACUCAAAGUUUGAAGAUUUCAUUGCACAUGACAUUCUGUCCAGCGAAUGUGUAUCGCUGCAAGACAAUGUCAAAUUUGCACCAAAGCUGUCUGCUUUACGUCGAAAGCUGAUUGGUGAAGGUUCCCACCGGCGUCUGUCAUCAUCUCUCAGAUUGAAGAUGUCAGCGGAGUACCUUUCUAGCCCUCCAAAAUCUUGUGAAGUGAUAAUUGUUGAAAGACUGCCCUCUGGAGUCUUUGCAGAUCCUUUUGAGCUACAACACAUUGUGCAGCCUGGUGGUAAAUCACUAUCAGAUUAUGUAGGUUUCUACCUCUGCAAUUAUUGA